AUGUCCACCCAACCAGCACCCCAGCCCCAAACCCCAAACAAAACCCCCGAACACCACCACCUCGAACUCCUCCUCACCACCAAACUCCCGCAAAGCCCAAUCUACGCCUUCCUCCUCACCCCGCUGCACAUAACCAGCGCCACGCGCAACCACUUCACCGCCCGCCUCCCCCUCAGCCCCGCCCACCUCAACAGCGCCGGAAGCCUGCACGGCUCCGUCUCCGCCACAAUCGUAGACUGGGCGGGCGGUAUGGCGAUCGCCACGCACGAUCUGCGCUCCAGCACGGGCGUCAGCGUGGAUAUUCACGUCUCGUACCAGUCCGGCGCGAAGCUGGGGGAGACGGUGGAGAUUGAGGGGGUGGUGGAGCGGGUGGGGGGGAACUUGGCGUUUACGCGGGUGGGGAUUUAUGGUGUUGAGGAGGGAGAUGGGCGACGGGGCAGGUUGGUGGCGAGUGGGACACAUACGAAGUUUGUCAGGGGGACGGGGAGGUGA